AAUAUACUUUAAAAUCCGCCUUCAUCUUUAAAUUCAGAAGACCAAUUGUACAGAAGCCUUACGCGGUUCACAGUGAUAUAACGUCGAACAGAACAAUGACAGGGCAAGUACUGUUGUUUUUCUCGGUCUUCUCUCUCAGCUCGGUGCUCGGGCAGGUCAGUUACUCCAUUCCUGAGGAAAUGUCAAAAGGUUCUCUUGUUGGGAAUAUGGCAAAGGAUUUUGGCUUGGAUGUUAAAAGACUAAAAUCGGGGAAAGCUCGCAUUUUUACUCGAGACAAUGACGAGUAUAUUGAGCUGAAUAAUGACAGAGGAGUCCUCCUCAUCAAAAACAGGAUCGACAGAGAGGCGCUCUGUGGACAAACGACGCCGUGUGCCUUGCAUUUUCAAAUUAUAUUAGAAAAUCCGAUGGAAUUUUACAGUGUGACUGUGGAGAUCACAGAUGUUAAUGAUAACCCCCCAUCCUUUGAAAAGAACCACGUCAGAUUUAAAAUUAGUGAAUCCGCUGUUAGCGGAGCUAAAUUCAUACUAGAUCGAGCCGUUGAUCCUGAUGUAGGCUUAAAUGGAUUACAAACAUAUAAACUUGAACCGAAAGAGAAUUUUGUUGUGAAAUUACAUGAUCAAGCGGACGGGACGAAAAACGUCGAAAUGGUCUUAGAGAAGCCUCUAGACAGAGAAAAGCAUGAACAGCUGUCUUUGGUCCUGACGGCGGUGGAUGGAGGAGAGCCGCAGAUGACAGGAACAAUGCAGAUUCUGAUCACUGUAUUAGACGCUAAUGACAAUGCUCCUGUUUUUACACAGCCCGUUUAUAAAGCUUCUAUUAAAGAAAACGCACAAGUAGGUACCAUUGUACUGACAGUUACUGCAACAGAUGCAGACGAUGGAUCUAAUGGCAAAAUAACUUAUUCAAUUUCCAGUAUAUUGGAUAAUGCGCGUGGAUUAUUUGAAGUAAACGAUGAAAAUGGUGAAAUUCGGCUAAAAGGAAAUGUUGACUAUGAAAAAGCUCGAAUAUUUCAGAUAAACAUUCGUGCAAGUGAUGAUGGAGGACUAGUUGAUUCAUGUAAAGUGAUGAUUGACGUCAUUGAUAUGAAUGACAACAAACCUGAUAUUCAUAUAAUGUCUAAAUCAAAUGUGAUAUCAGAAGACGCAAAACCCGGCACCGUUGUAACAAUGAUAAAUAUACAGGACGCAGACUCGGAUGAAAACGGUAAAGUGCAGUGCAUUAUAAAUGAUAAUAUUCCUUUUGUGAUGAAAUCCACAACCAGUAAUUUUUAUAGUUUAAUAACAGACAGUGAUUUAGACAGAGAGAGAGCCUCUGAGUAUAACAUCAGUGUGACCUGCUCUGAUGAGGGAGUGCCCUCCCUCUCCAGCAGCGUCACUCUCACC